AAUUAAGAGUUGUUUUUUUUUCAAAGUCUAACGUCGACCCUCCCGAUCCAAUGGUGCAUACACUCCUAAACAUACCAGCAGAAGUCAGGCUCAAGGCCCUUGGGUAUUUGAAGCCCACUGACUACUUGCAAGCCAGUCUAGUGUGCACACAACUGAGUGCCGACUGUGCCGAUGAGGACCUGAUCGCUCGUGUACUGUUUAAUGCUGUUCGUAAGAGUGUCUUCCACGCCAGGUACCACAAUGUAGGUGUGGACGACCUUAUCAUCACAUCUCUCUUCACCACAUCAAGACAAGAUGGAUUUGUAUACGAUGACAUCUGUGAGUACAUAGACGAACUCUAUCACACGUGUGUGGACACCCUGGGGAAGCCUCGUGUCCUAUUCGAACUGUUUAGAAUCUUGGAUCUAUAUUGUUCGGGUGCCUCAUGCAAACUUUAUAAACAGCCCGCACCCGACGGUGCUGAUUGCACACAACACCGUGCUGCUACCUCCUUGCCUGUCUUUCCAACAUCACGCGCUAUCUAUCUACUCGUCCUGCGUGCGUGUUACAUAGGCUGGGCGGAUGUGGUGCAAGUGUAUCUUGAGUUUGUCACCUCGCAUCCCUCCGAACACACUGUGUGCUUGGAUAUUCCCUUGCAACUGGCCUGCAAACACGGCUACACUAGCAUUGUACGUAUGUUAUUAAAACACGGCAAAGCAAAUCCGAACGCAGCCUUUGGAAAAGCGCUCUCCUUGGCAUGUGCGGGUGGUUACACAGCGAUUGUACAGCUACUGAUCGACGACGGGAGAUGCGAUCCAGCCCUGAGUGACAGUGAAAGUCUCCUCGAAGCCUGUUUUGAGAACCACAUAGACAUUGUGCGUAUAUUGUUGAGUGAUCGUAGGUGUGAUCCGGCAGCUGUGCAUAGUUUUGCGCUGGUCAAAGCCAUCAGCAAUGUGUACGUUGAUAUCGUAAAGCUACUACUGGAUGACAGGCGCGCGGACCCGUGUGCACUCAACUCCCGUACGUGGUGGGAGGCUUGUGGGAGUGGGAGCUUAGACGUGGUUCAUCUGUUAAUAGAAGACAAUCGUGUUGACAUGACUCGCGGACGAGCAUUAAAAGAAGCCGUUGCUGGAGGGCAAAUUGAGGUGGUCAGGCUAUUAUUAGAACAACAGCUGAUAGAUCCCAGCGACCCGCUAGUAGGGGAUAUAGUGCGCGUUGCGAGUGAGAAGGGAUACACGCACGUGGUGCGGUUAUUAUUAGAAGACGGUCGUGCAUUAGUACAUAAGGGCUUAGGCAAGGCAGUGUUGUAUGGCCACACGGAUAUUGUUAGGAUGUUGGUGAAUGACGGGCGUGCUGACGCGUGUCCUGCGAAGAUAAUGAUGAAGGCGAGAAGAAAGGGAUUUAACGAGUGCGCUCGAAUGGUUCUCUCAUACAAGCGGGGUCCCGCAACUGACGGUCCCAUUUUUGAUUGAAAGGUGUCACUCACACUGGAGAGUGUACUUGCUUUUCAACGAUACGUAGCGUAAUUGUGAAUUUAACGCUGAAGAACUAAACCAUCUAUGCCGAUA